AUGGAAGGAGAAGAUAGUGCUGCUUCUGAUCAUCAUCUUCACCAUCGUCAUCACGGUGUUUAUGGGUUUAGAAACAAUAGCAUACAAACUCCUCAUCACCAUCACCACCAACUCUUCCGGCCUGGUCCUCCGUUGACGGCCAUAGACAGGUUCCUGUGGUCUCAGAACAAUGCAAAGAACAAAGAGAGACUCAUCUCCUCAUCAAAUGGGUGUUCCUCAUUUGGUGGUGCGAUGGCUGAUCUGCAGCCUUGUUCGAAUUGGCCUCCGAGUAGUCUCGGAGAAGCCAGCUUGGAUGAAAUGCUCUUUAUUAAUCAUGGUGAUGCCAUGACUUGGCCACCAGAGAAAAUCCAAAACCCUAACAUGGUGUUCAAAGAAGAUCAGAUGAAGGUGGGUUCAAAAGGCGUCGGAAAGAGAGCUAAAAAGGGUUCAUCUGUGCCUUUAAUCAAAGGACAGUGGACAGAUGAAGAAGACAGAAAGCUGAUUAGGUUGGUGAAGCAAUAUGGAAUGAGGAAAUGGGCACAGAUAGCUGAGAAGCUUGUAGGUAGGGCUGGGAAGCAAUGUAGAGAAAGGUGGCAUAAUCAUUUGCGCCCUGAUAUCAAGAAAGAUAGCUGGACUGAAGAGGAAGAGAAGAUAUUAGUGGAAGCUCAUGCUGAGGUUGGCAACCGUUGGGCAGAGAUUGCCAAACGCAUUCCAGGAAGAACCGAAAAUGCCAUCAAGAAUCAUUGGAAUGCCACAAAAAGGAGGCAGAAUUCCAGGAGAAAGAACAAACAGACAGAUACCAAAGUUGGAUCAUCAUCAUCAUCAUCAAAUAAGCCUCCUCAACCUUCCAUACUUCAGAACUACAUAAAAAGCAAGAAUUUCAAUAACAAACCUAACAACAACUCUUCUUCCAAUGUUACCCCUACCCAGAGCAAUAUUAGCACCACUACCCCUACUAGCUCUUCCACUCUCACCCAGGAUGAACCUUCGAAAAUCCCCUUCAACAUUGUGCUCUCGGACCCAUCGGAUUUAUCUAGUUGUGAUCACUCUCCAUUGAACAUUGCAGCAGAUUCAUACAAUGAUGAUGAACUUCUCUUCAUGCAGAACUUCUUCAACAACAACAAUAAUCAAGCAGCAGCUUCUGCAACUGAAAGGAGAGAGAUGGAUCUGAUUGAGAUGGUUUCUUCUUCGUCUUCUUCCCAGUUUGCUCAAGGCUGGAGCUUUUCGUUUUCUGUUUCGGCAUAUGCAGGAAAAUACCAAUGUGGUUCAGUUCUUGUUGCUCAAAUGGUAGCGUGGUUGUCGUUCAGUUUUGUUGGGUGGUGUUCGGAUGGAACCGAAUGUCGUUCAAGAACUCUUGCUAGAAGAGAUCGGGUUCCGAUUCAAUCAGCGUAUGGGAUCCAGGAACGCAAGCUGUCGAUCGCCGAUGACGACAAGCUACUAGAUUGGCGAUCGGAUGGGCGAGCUUUCAACUUGAAGAGAGAGAUUCGUCAAGGUGGUGUUGAUUUCGUGGUUGGGUAUGGCAUGGCUUCUCUCCGUUGGAGGCGUCAACGGAGGCCGUUGUCGAGGCAACGGUGGAGGUCGACGAUGGGAGUGCUCAGGGUGCCAAAGAUGGAUUCACAAACAUGGGCUUGGGCCAUUGUGGGCUUGGCUGGAGAGCAUUGGGUUUUGGACCUUAGGCCCGCUCAUUGUUGGGUCUGA